CAACAAAACAAUGGAGAAAAUGAAACACAUGAGUAAUGAUGAUGAUCAUCAUCAUCAUGUUAACAACAACUGGUUAGGUUUCACUCUUUCAUCAGAACCUUCUUCUUCUUCUACUACUUCCAGACCCAUAACCAGCUUUCUCCAUUCCUCACCUUCUCAUUUCAACUUCCCACCUUCCAUUUAUGGAGAAAAUGAUCAUGGAAACAAUUUUUGCCCUCCUUUGACCGUUAUGCCCCUCAAAUCUGACGGUUCCCUCUAUCUCAUGGAACCUUUCUCAAGAUCAACUCAACCUCCCCAUCAUCAAGGAAUGGGAACAAUGGAGCCAUUUGCUUUGAGCUUGGACAGCAUCUACUACAAUAAUCAUGAACCAAACGGUCAAGAUUGUUUCAAUCAUUCCCUAAACAAAGAUCAUCACCAACAUCAACAGAUUGAUAAUCAUGAUCAGUCUACACUACAAAUUUACCAAAAUAUCCCCACAUCAGUAUCACAACCACCAACAACAGCCAGAAGUAUACACAUUCAUGAGAUAAUGCUGCAGAAUGAAGGGCAAUAUGGUGAUUUACAUUCGCUGAGCCUGUCGAUGAGCCCUGGCUCGAGCUGCGUGACAGCUGGCGGCUCACAGCUUUUUUCUCCAACGGCUAAUGUAAAUGGCGGCUCGAUCAUGGAGCCGUCUAAGAAGAGAGGAGCCGAUCAGAAGCAGAUUGUUCAUAGGAAAUCGUUGGAUACGUUUGGACAGAGAACCUCUCAGUAUAGAGGUGUCACCAGGCAUAGAUGGACAGGUAGGUAUGAAGCUCAUUUAUGGGACAAUAGCUGCAAGAAGGAAGGGCAGAGCAGGAAAGGAAGACAAGUUUACUUGGGAGGUUAUGACAUGGAAGAGAAAGCCGCCAGAUCUUAUGACCUAGCCGCUCUAAAAUACUGGGGUCCGACCACCCAUAUCAAUUUUGGGUUGGAAAAUUACGAGAAAGAAGUUGAGGAUAUGAAGAACAUGAGUCGUCAAGAGUACGUCGCUCACUUAAGAAGGAAGAGCAGCGGGUUUUCUAGAGGAGCUUCAAUAUAUCGUGGAGUGACCAGACAUCACCAACAUGGAAGGUGGCAGGCAAGAAUUGGGAGAGUUGCUGGUAACAAAGAUCUUUAUCUUGGAACAUUUAGUACACAAGAGGAAGCUGCGGAAGCAUAUGACGUGGCCGCGAUAAAAUUUCGAGGGGUUAGUGCUGUGACGAACUUCGACAUAUCAAAGUACGACGUCCCAAAGAUAAUGGCAAGCAAUACCCUCCUAGCAGGAGAGCUUGCUCGUCGGAAGGAGACGUCGGAUCCAAGAUUGGAGGCUUCCAAUUCGAGGCAAAAUGAGGAUGGAACCGAUAUUGGGGGAUCGAAUUUGAAGAUGGAUAUUUAUCAAGAAGGUAAUCUAGUUCCUGAAAAUGGUUUGAUCAAUUGUAAUUCAUCGGCUGUGCUUGUGAGUAACUCGGGUAGCUCAAGAGAAGGCGAGCAUGGUCUUGACAAAGAAGAAGAAAAUGGUGGGAAUGCGUAUUGUUUCUCGUUGAGGCCUACUCCUUUGUCGAUUCAUGGGCCCGUAUUUGCAGCGUGGGCGAAUGCAUCAUAGGUUUUUUUUAGGUAUUUCUUCCAAAUCAGAAUGAUGUCGUUUUACUUGUCACUUUGGGUGAAUUUCGGGUAUUUUCAUAACAAAUUAGUAGCUAGUGGGACUUAGAAGGAUAGUUGUUGAAGGUUAUUAUUCUUCUUCUUCUUGUUAUGUGACUUUGUUAUUUUGACUAAUUCAAAGUGAUCCCAUUUUCAUUAUUUCAA